AUGGCUGCUCGCCAAGCUCCUGAGCUCCUGAAAACCGAGCUUGUGGUGAACGAGACAGGAUUGAUCUAUAUUGAAGUCAAUAUAAUUUCCUUAUGCGACACCCCCGAGAGAUCCCUGGGAAGCAAUACAACUCCCUGUUUGCUGGAAAUCAUGGCCAUGUGCAUCACUACCAAAAGCACAGGCAAAGUCUUCCCUUUUGCCCAGGUGAAGGAGCAAGGAGAAUCAAAAAACCAACAGAUCCAGAAGACUUUUACUGAUAGUAAAAUGACUGAGGAGAAGGGUAAGGGCAAGGUUUUAAUCAAGACGUUAGACUAUUCACCUUGGACAUUUGAAUCAGAAAAAAUCGCCUCUGUAGAGAUCAUUUAUAAAGAGGUUAAAAAAAAGGCAAAUGAAUCCAGUGGUGGUGUCAGUGAUGAAGAUGACAGCUAUGACAGUGACAGCGAUGCCAUAAGUAAUCACGACUAUGCAAGGCGUGAGAUCAUAAGCAGAGUACCUCAUUCCUCUGACAUGCCAAAUGUAUUCGUGCAGUGCCCUACAAAUAGCAUAUGUGACGACAGUAGCAGCCAGGCAAGUGAAAAUCCGGACACUGACCCAGAAGAUUUUGAAGAGCGUGAGAUGGACAUAGUAGAAGACUACAACGACACCAGUAGUGACUUACUUAAUCCUUUCUCUGAGGUGAAUUGUAACUAUUUUCCUAGGCGAAGGAACAGUGCUUGCUUUACCAUUAACUUAAAAACUGUGCAGUUGGGAACCUCUGAAGAGGACAUGGAUAGUUCUGCAGGUCUGCUUUCUUCUCAAGAAGAUGUAGUUGACUGGCAGUGUACUCGUGCUGUUGAAUCAAAACUCCUGGAUGACACAGAAAGUGUGCAGAAACCACACUGUCAUAACGGCUCUCAUGAAUGGCAAAAUUCCUCUGGUUCUUCUGAUGAAAGUGACUCAUCAGAUUCAGAUACGGACCAAAAAACUGAAUACAUAAGAAGAUGA